UAUUUAUUCCAUGUCUAUUUUGCUUGAUGAUGUAAGUAACAUAUCUCAUAUAUGUGUACACAGUAUAAGUUUUACUGUUGAAUUGGUAUAUAUGUGGUGUACUCCGUGCUCUCAGAAUACACGUGUUAUACAGAAUCAGGUUAUAUAUUGUGUGUUAUUGGAAGUAUUAAAUUGUGAAUACAUUUUUGUAAUUGAAGAAAUGUCUUCUUGAUCCGAUACCAAUGACAGUGUGCUGGGACAUUUUGAUAGUGUGGUGAAUGCCAAUAAAAAAAGAUCAUUGACAAGGAAUUUAUUUUCAUUAUUUAUUAAAUGGAAUGAUUAUUUUUACUAAUUGGACAUACACGAGUAGUAAUUGUGAGUGGAAUAUUAAAUAAUUGCACUGAAAUAUACAGUUGUUGAAAUUUUAUUUAAUAAAUCAUGAAAGAAAGGACUAAUCGUGGAGGCAAAGGAGGAAAGUUUGGUGUGAAGAAAACUUAUGAUGAUAGGCGGAAAUUCAAAAAAGAAUCCGAAGAAAAUGAAAUGAAAAGAAUUCGUAAUGCAUUGGAAAAU